AUGGAGCGCCGAGGGGACCCGGCUUUCCACCUCCAGCAAAAUCUGGAAUUCAACGUGGACAACGUGGAGAAGGCACUCCACCAGCUAUAUUAUGACCCCAACAUUGAAAACAAGAACCUGGCCCAGAAAUGGCUGAUGCAAGCUCAAGUAUCACCACAAGCUUGGCACUUCAGUUGGUUGCUUCUUGAUAUGGACAAGGUGCCUGAGAUCCAAUACUUUGGGGCCAGUGCCCUCCACAUUAAGAUUUCACGCUACUGGAAUGACAUCCCUGCUGACCAGUAUGAGAGCCUUAAAUCACAGCUCUUCAGUCACAUAACUCGUUUUGCUAGUGGUUCCAAAAUUGUGCUGACCCGCCUUUGUGUGGCAUUGGCUUCAUUAGCACUGAACAUGAUGCCAGAAGCUUGGCCAUGUGCUAUUGCUGACAUGGUACGCAUGUUUCAGGCAGAGGACUCUAAUGUAGAUGGGCGAGCACGCUGCCUUGCACUACUGGAACUUCUGACAGUGUUGCCUGAGGAAUUCCAAACCAGUCGUCUGCCUCAGUACCGUAAGGGGCAGGUACGUAGUGUCUUGUCACAGGAGUGCACAUCUGUGUUCCCUCUGCUAGAACAAUUGUUGCAACAGCAAGACUCUCCUGGUUUCAUUAAGCAGAAGGUGCUGAAGUGUUUCUCCAGUUGGGUGCAACUAGAGAUUUCUUUGAUGGAAUGUGAGAACUUGAUCCAAGCAUCUUUCACUUCUCUGCAUGAUCCAGAACUGUUCGACAUUGCUGUGGAGGCUAUUGUCAAUGCCAUUUCCCAGCCUGAUGCUCAGAGGUAUGUGAAUACUCUUCUGAAGCUCAUUCCACCGGUACUAGGACUCCAGGAACAGCUACGUCAAGCAGUUCAAAAUAGGGAUAUGGAAACUUCUCAUGGGAUUUGCCGUAUUGCUGUAGCCUUAGGGGAGAAUCAUUCUCGAGCACUUCUGGACCAGGUAGAUCAUUGGCAGAGUUUUCUGGCACUGGUCAACAUGAUAAUGUUCUGCACCGGAAUCCCAGGACACUAUCCUGUGAAUGAGACCACAAGCUCACUUACACUCACUUUCUGGUAUACAUUGCAGGAUGACAUUCUCUCUUUUGAUCCAGAAAAACAGGCUAUGUAUCAGCAAGUGUAUCGACCUGUAUAUUUUCAGUUAGUGGAUGUACUUCUACAUAAAGCUCAGUUCCCCUCUGAUGAAGAAUACAGUUGCUGGUCCUCCGAUGAAAAGGAGCAAUUUCGUAUAUAUCGAGUGGACAUCUCAGAUACUUUGAUGUAUGUAUAUGAGAUGUUGGGAGCGGAACUCCUGAGUAGCUUAUAUGACAAACUGGGUCGCCUUCUGACAAAUUCAGAUCAGCCAUCCUCAUGGCAGAACACGGAAGCUUUACUUUAUGGGUUCCAGUCCAUUGCAGAGACCAUAGAUGUAAACUAUUCAGACGUGGUUCCUGGCCUUAUCGGCCUCAUCCCCCACAUCAGCAUCAGCAAUGUACAACUUGCAGACACGGUGAUGUUCACUAUUGGGGCUCUCUCAGAGUGGCUGGCUGAUCAUCCUGUAAUGAUCAACAAUGUCCUGCCCCUGGUAUUGCAGGCUCUGGGCAAUCCAGAAUUAUCUAUCUCUAGUGUCUCUACUCUUAAGAAGAUAUGCCGUGAGUGUAAAUAUGACUUGCCUCCGUAUGCUGCCAACAUUGUUGCUGUCUCUCAGGAGGUGCUAAUGAAGCAGAUUCACAAGACAAGUCAGUGUAUGUGGCUGAUGCAGGCUCUGGGUUUCUUAUUGUCUGCCCUCCAAGUGGAAGAGAUUUUGAAGAAUCUACAUUCACUUAUAACUCCUUACAUCCAACAAUUAGAGAAAUUGGCCGAUGAAACGCCCAAUCCAUCUAACAAACUAGCUAUUAUCCAUAUAUUGGGUCUACUCUCCAACCUCUUCACCACUUUGGACAUCAGUCACCAUGAUGAUGAUCAUGAGAACCCAGAGGUUAAAAAACUGCCAGUGCCUCAGGGCCCCAAUCCUGUAGUGGUGGUAUUACAGCAAGUUUUCCAGCUCAUCCAGAAAGUGCUCAGCAAGUGGUUAAAUGAUGCACAAGUUGUGGAGUCUGUGUGCUCCAUUUUUGAAAAAUCUGUGAAGACUCUUCUAGAUGAUUUUGCACCCAUGGUGCCUCAACUGUGUGAGAUGCUGGGACAGAUGUAUAGCACUAUUCCUCAGGCAUCUGCUAUUGACCUCACCAGGCAGCUGGUUCACAUUUUUGCCCAUGAGCCUGCCCACUUCCCACCGAUCAGGGCGCUCUUUCUGCUUGUCACAUCAGUUACAUUAACACUCUUUCAGCAAGGGCCCAGGGAUCAUCCUGAUAUUGUUGAUUCAUUUAUGCAACUCCUGGCACAGGCACUCAAACGGAAACCUGAUUUGUUCCUGUGUAGCAGCCUGGAUGUCAAAGCAGUAUUCCAUUGUGCUGUGAUCUCUCUGAAGUUUCCUGAAUCACCAACUGUCAAAGCUGCCUGUGGCUUUUUUACUGAAUUGCUGCCACGCUGUGGGGAGAUUGCACCUGUGGGACAAGUGGUACAUGAGAAUGGCAAAAUGCUAUUACAAGCUGUAAUUGAGGGUAUAGGUGGCCAAGCUUCACGAAAUUUAAUGGAUCAUUUUGCUGAGAUUCUUUUUGCUCUCAACAAGCAUUGCUUCAGUUACCUGAGUGUGUGGAUCAAGGAAGUGAUGCAGCAGGAUGGCUUCCCAUCGACCCGUGUCAGCCCUGAGCAAAAGGACAUUUUCAGCCAACAAAUUCUCAGCAGAGAACGUGUGAACAAACGACGUGUGAAGGAGAUGGUAAAGGAGUUCACAUUACUUUGUCGAGGACUGCAUGGUACUGAAUACACAGCAGACUACUGAGGAGAUUGGUGUGGCAGAAGACUGCAGCAUGAACAGAUCCGGUUUUAUGCCAUCGCCUGAAGCUGCUACCAAAUCAGCUGAUAGAAUGAUAACUUUACAAUUAACCUACCCUGGUUGCUCCUCUCAAGAACAAGCUGCUUCCAAAUCCCUUCUGCAUAUUCAGAGCUAACAGGCUCAAGGACUUCGAGCAGAGGUUGGAGCAGAGCUGGACAGUCCCCUGCCAACCAUAGGACUAGUGUACCAAUUGCCACUUUUCCCCCUUGGCACGCUCCUGUAGAAGUGUCUGUGAUAUUGUCUAUUUCUAAAGAGUCUACCUUUUACUUGCA